AUGAAGCCAAAUAUAGCAUUAAUACGUAAUCCUAAGUUCAUUACUUUAUGGAUCUUAAUUUUACUUACCCUUAUUUAUAUCUUAACGUUCGGGUUUCUUAACAAUGUAUCAAACGAUGACACUCCAACAGCUCCAAUAGUAUACGAAGAAUUUAAGGAAACUUACAGCAAACCAAUAUUCGGAACCAUGAAUUAUAGUGAAUAUAUUCCGGGAACUUUACCUUUAAUUAUUUCGAUUCCACACGGUGGUCAUUUGUUUCCUUCUGAAAUACCUGAUAGAAAACAAAAUCAUCCAAAUGUUGUAAAAUCCAAUGAUAUUAAUACUCAAGAGAUUGGUAGAAAGGUUGCAGACAAGAUUAUGUUACAAUUUAAAGGAAAGAGACCUUAUUUGAUUAUUAAUCAUCUUGGGAGAAGUAAAAUUGAUGUCAAUAGACCAAUAAAAGAAGGGGUUGAAGGAAAAGAUUCCACAACAUCGAUUGCUUGGAACGAUUAUCAUAAUUUUAUGCGGACUGCUAUUAAAGAUGUUGAAGUAAAUUUUGGUCGUGGACUUUUAGUCGAUAUUCAUGGUUAUGCCCUUUCGGCUGAAAUACUUUCACUUUCACCUUCACAAAUAAAUGCGAACCCAGAGAUUCAGUCGGGAUCAAGCAUUCGUGCUCUAUAUACUAGAAAAUCGAGCAAUCUCCAAUUUACUGACUUACUUUAUGGUAAAACUACUUCACUUGGUGGUCGUUUACAGUCCCAUGGCUAUGAUGCUGUUCCAUCGCAUGUUCAUCAGCAUCCACUUGAGGAUGAAAAAUAUUUUCGUGGUGGUUACUGUGUACAAAAAUAUGGCUCACGACACGCAGAACAAAUUAUUGAUGCUAUACAAAUUGAAAUACCGAGAACUUUACGAAUUGGAAAUAAGCAAAAGAGAGAAAAUUUUAUAUUAGCAUUGUCAGAAAGCAUCUCUUGGUUUUUAAGAGAGUAUUAUGGAUAA